AUGCAAACAAUAGCGACCAGAGCGUGGAGGAUUCCGCAACUCAUCCGUAACAUAUACACUACACGAGUUUCGGCUGCUGGAAAAAAUAUUACAGUUUCUCCGCCACUCCCAGAUAAACUGCAUGAUCUGAUAUACGCUUUUCGUGAAUCCAAAGUGCUGUUCGCAGCAUGUGAUUUGGGUAUCUUCGAUAUCCUUCAAGAUUCCGAUGCUCCGCAGUCGGUCGAAGACAUGUCUUCAAAGAUUGGAUCCAAUGCUGAUGCCACAGCUUGCUUCAUGGACACAUUGGUUGCUCUGGAAUUGCUGGAAAAGACUAAGCAAGAUGGAUCAUGGCUGUAUUCAAACAGCAACAUAGCAAAACAGUUUCUGUCAAAGUCGAGUCCCCAUUCGGUUUAUGGGUACAUAAAACACUCCAAUGAAGUGAUCUAUCCCAUUUUCGGGAACUUAGAGAGUGCAAUUCGUGAAGGAUCGAAUCAGUGGAUGAGAACAUUCAACCUGUCGUCGGAGGACUUUUUUAAAUCUUCAUAUAACACCGAGGAGGACCGCAUACGAUUUCAAUCUGCUAUGCAUUCCACGUCACGGCACUUCUGUCACGCCGUGGUGACGGCGUUUGACUUAAGUUCAUUUGAAAAUUGUUGUGACUUAGGAGGUGGGAUAUAUUUUGCAUAUUAUAAUUACCGUACAACUACUUAUUAUAACGGUCGAAUUGUUCACUAAUCUCACUCGGAGCUUUGCGUAAGCCUAGUUCAGGAAAAUUGUGCACUGGGGCAUGACAUAGCUAAAAGGAAAAGAACCUUCCCUCUCCUCCCCAUCUAGCACUUGAAUGCCCCCCCCCCCCACACUGCUAUGAGGUGUGUGACUGUCUGACUGCUGAAAGCUGAAACAGUAUAACAUUAAAGACGGCAACAACAAUACUGAAAAUAACAACAAUAAUAAUAAAUGAUGUUAAACAAUGAUACUGAUAGUGACAGGGACAAAACUUAUAAAGUAGUCGACCACUCCUUCAGAGAGAUUUUUGAGGUCCAUUGUAACUAAAGAUAUUCAAGACUUGACCCCAAGUUAGAUUUGCAGGCAGUAGAUGGCAAGUAAGUAACAACCUCUAAGUAUCAGGGCGAAGGGCUUAUCCCCAGAACCAUCAGAUUACAAGGGCAGCCCCACAUCCACAAAAGAAAACUGCUUCUUAUGAAUUUUCUCACUCUGUAAAUUUCUCUUUUAACACCUAGGUGGAAUGGGAACAAUGGCUUACACUUUAUGCCAAUACUACCCAAACAUGAAGAUCACAGUGUGUGAAGUGCAGUCUGUUGUGGACUCUGCCCGUCAUUUUCAUCCCCUGUUAGAAGAUUACCCCAAUCAAGGAAACAUCUCAUACGUAGUAGGGGAUUUCUUCCAAACAGAUCUGCCAAAGGCUGAUUUGUAUAUAUUGUCACGUAUUCUUCAUGACUGGCCAAUUGAAAAAGUGGAACUUAUACUCUCAAAUGUCAUCAAGUGUUUGCCUUCAGGUACGUAUCUUGCUUUGCUUGCUGGGAUAUAUAAUGGUAAUUGA